AACUGUCCUUGAAGAAUUAAAAGUAAUACGGCUUUCUUUAAUUGAUGACCAAAAGGCUUUCCAUGAAAAAUGGAUUGAAAGGAAAAUCAUUGAAGGGAAACUUAAUGAGCAUAAUAUUGAUGAAUUUGAAGAUUAUAAACGGAUCAAUGGUGGUGCUACUAGUAAAGUUUAUAGAGCAAGAUUUAAAAGUACGAAAAAUACAUGUGCAUUGAAGUAUAUUGAAAGCAAUAAUCAUACUAACAAAGAACUUGUAAAUGAGCUAGAUCAUAUGCUUUCUAUAAAAUCUCAUAAAAAUAUUAUUAAAUUACAUGGUGUCACAUAUGAAGUAGAUAGAAGGGAUCCAAAUGAUCCAGCAAGUCUACUAGCUAAGAUAAGAGAUGGGCUACGGGAAAAGCCAAUUGAUGAUACACCUCACGAAUAUGUUACUAUUUAUACAAGAUGUUGGAAGAGUAUGCAAGAUGAUCGACCAUCCAUCGAAGAAGUAGCUAUGGCGUUCGAAGACUUUGUUGUUCAAGACAUCGCGAAAGAUGAUAGUUUUGUUAUACAUGACAUAUCGGAAUUUGAGGAAUUUAUUAAAAACUCCUUCGAAAACAUUAAUAUCAAUAUUAAGUUAAAUGCUGCAGUAGUUGGUCAGGAUGAAAUGUCUCUCUUUUUUAUAUCUCAAAAUGAUAAAACCAAUGAAGAAGUUUUUCAAUGGUUAUUGGCAAAUAACAAUCAUUUAAAGAAUACUUGCCUACUUGGAUUAUUUUACCGUUGGAAUAUUGGCACAGCUGAAAAUAACAUAGCGGUUCUUGUCGAUGCGGCAAAUAAAGGAGAUGCUAUUGCGCAAUAUUUUGUUGGCAAGUGUUAUGAAACAGGUUGGGGUAUCAAGAAGAAUACGAAGAAGGCAAUUGAAUGGUAUGCUGAAGCGGUCAAAAACAAUUGUGCAGCAGCAGAAUGUGUGGUUGGAGAGUAUUAUUAUAAACAAAAAAAAUAUAACAAGGCAUUUUACUGGCUUAAAAGAGCAGCUGAACGUAAAAAUUACAAAGCAUUGGAUACCUUAGGAUUAUGUUAUAAAAGAGGUCAAGGAACAGAUACUAAUGCGGUUGAAGGAUUCAAAUCAUUUGAAAAGGCAGCAUUAUGGGGACUACCUACUUCACAAUAUGAACUUGGAAAUUGUUAUGAAUAUGGCAUAGGAACAAAAAUAAAUUUGGAUCAAGCAUUAUAUUGGUAUCAAAAGGCUACAGAAGCAAAUCCUAAUUAUCUAACUCACCUGAAACGUGUCAACAAAAAAAAAAAAAACAGUAAAAUUACGAUAAGUGCACCAGAAAGCAAUAUUUUCGACCGUAUUAAGUAUUUUGUUUCCGUUGUCACCGUCGAUGAUAAGUCCAAGGAUUGUAAUGGUGUGAAUCGUAGUAAUGAAACUGAAGGUUGGAUUAACAUUUCAGAGUCCAUGUCGGUGCAUUCAACCAUUUUUCAAAAACCUUCAGAUACCGUAUAUACUGAAGCUGAGAAAUUAUUUUCCCUACUUAAAAAAAGGAAAGACUCCAUUGAUCGUAUACUGAAAUCACAACUUGUAUAUGCUAUAGGUCCCGAUUUUCAGAAUGACUAUUCUAAGCCAUAUAUAGCUUGUUGGGCUGCCAGGCCUCUAGAUAAAACAAUCAUGAAAAAAAUUUCAAGUUUGUUUGAUGAUAAGUUCGGAGUCGUUUACCAUCUUGUAAAUGCCGAAGACAUAAGUAGAGUUGAAACAGACGAUAAAAAAGAAUUUCAAAAUUUCAAUAUUACUAUUGGUAUUUGGGCAAAAGUCGGGUUGGACUCAUAUACAAGCGAGAAUACUUUAGAGUUUAAAAUCUAUUUAAAAAACUGUGGAGUAUCGAGAUUUCUUAGUGAAAAAUGUCAAUUUCUUGAAAACUUCAUUUGUUAUUAUCUUGAUUCGUUCAAAGUCAGUGUCUCUCCGAUUUCAAAAGGUAGAUCUAAUAUCAUGAUGAUGCAUGAACAUCGUCCACAAAAAAAAAAUAAUAACGAAUGGAACUUGGAUGUUGACAUUUGUGAGGCUGACGGUGUACUAUGGUCAUAUCAGUUUAUAAGCAAUGACGCACAAGGAAGAAAUAGGGAAACUAUUCCAAUGGAUAAAAUUUAUUUUGGUCAUUGGUAUAUCAAGAAUGAAGGAGGGUUUCGUAUCACCAUUACUCAAGAGCUUGGUUGUAAGGAUAAACAAAAUUUUUUCACAAAGAUUUUCUCUUCGACGCCAAAAUUGUUACAACAGUAUCCCAAUCUUGUUCACAAACUUGAAAUUUCCUUUAACAAAAUCUCGAAUUUCAAUGAUGACUUUAUAGAAUUAACAAAAAGUGUACAUAGCGCACCAAAUCACACUCCAGAAGACAAACAGCCUCCCAAACAAAAGAAUAAUACUGAGUUCAAGCGCCAAUUAUCUUCAUAA